GCUGUUCGGCCAGAUGAGGGAGCGCCAGGUGCCGCCGAACAACGUGACGUACAACACGCUGAUCCAGGCGUGCAGCAAGGCCAGGCGUCCCAUGCGCGCGCUGGAGGUGCUCCAGGAGGCGCGCCGGGAAAACGGCUACGCGCCCGAGUGGGAAGCCGCGCAGAGACGGCAUUGCGGAGCUGGCCCGCCAGAUUGUGCCCCCCAGGACGCGGGGGUCCUGCCCGCGGGCACGAGCUUCGCGGCCGUGGCGGACGCGGUGGUGCAGGCUGGCAGCCCUGAGAAGGCCCUGGAGCUUGCGAGGAGCACGCAGGCUGGCGACGCGGCGACGGACGGCCUGGGCGGGCACGAGGAACCUCUCCAGGAGAUGUUCUCGGUCAUCCUGGAAGACCUGACCAGGCACGACAAGCUCGCGAUGCUGAGGUGCCGCCCGCCUGGCGGGCAGCCGCCUGGCCCGGCGCCGGCCGCGCCCUCGCCGCGCAGGCCCGCCGCCGCGGAGGAAGACCCCUCGCUGGGCGAGGGCGCCGGGAGCAGCGUGUUCGGCAAGCUGCUGCAG